AUGGCUCCUGUUCCAACAGAAGUGAUCUAUGAUGCUGGUCAGAAAGCAACUAGCAAUGGUGAUCAAAUAGCACAAGCCAUCCAUUCUUUCGAUCCAAAAAUCCCUUCCGCACAAGAUACAAUCGCAUCAUCUUCUCAAAAGAGAUACAAAAAAUGCGUAGUUGUCGGAUUUGGAAUGGUGGGAAUUGCAUUUGUGGAAAAACUACUCAAGUAUGAUCUCGAAGGCGGUCGUGAUGAAUGGCAAGUGGUCGUAAUUGGUGAAGAACCUCAUUUGGCAUACAAUCGUGUCGGUCUUUCAACGUAUUGGGAGAAGACCAGUGUGGAAGAACUCUACUUGAACCCAUUGGAAUGGUAUUCAAGUCAUGCUCCCGGAAAGCUCUCUUAUCAUACAUCUGAUCAAGUUGUGGGAAUCGAUUCUGUUUCCAAACAUAUUAAAACACAAAAGGGUCAUGAAAUCGAUUAUGACGUUUGUGUUUUAGCAACCGGUUCAGAUGCUGCUUUACCACCUUAUGUUUCUCGCGAACGAUUCCAGAAGAUUCGUGGUGCUUUCGUUUAUCGUAAUAUCUCCGACUUGGAAGCAAUGUUGGCAUAUAGUAAAAAACGUCAAAUCAAACGUGCUGCCGUCGUUGGUGGUGGUCUAUUAGGUUUGGAAGCAGCAAAAGCACUAUUGGAUCUAGAAACUGUUGAACAAGCAAUCAUUGUUGAACGCAACCAAUGGGUACUAAGUCGUCAAUUGGAUAGCGAAGGAGGAAGAAUGGUUCUAGAUAAAGUACGUAAUCUAGGCGUUGAAGUUCUACUACAAGCCCGUGUUCGUGAUUUGAUCCCACAUUGCACGGAUCGAUUGACAGGUAUCAUGCUUCAAGGUGCACAAGAUGGAUCAACCCCUGAUUCACCUUAUGAUUUGGACAUGAUCGUCUUUGCCGUAGGAAUCAAGGCUCGUGACGAGUUAGCAAAGCCAUGUUCAAUCACUACAGAUCGUCGAGGCGGUUUUGUGGUUGAUCAUCAUUUACAAACAAACAUUCCGGAUGUCUAUGCAGUUGGUGAAUGUGCUUCUUACAAAGGUGAAACAUGGGGUUUGAUCGCUCCAGGCGUUGAAAUGGCAGAUACACUUUCUUGGAAUUUAACAGAAGGACCUCAUCAUCAAAUUCGAACAAUGACACCGCCAGACGUCAGCACAAAGUUAAAGUUGAUGGGCGUUGAUGUUGCUUCAUUUGGUGACUUUUUUGCCGAUCAAGGUAAAUUAUCAAAGCCUUUACCGGGAACAAGCAGAAGAGGAGGUGAUGACAAAUCGAAAAACAUCCCAAUCGAAAAGCAAGUCAAAAGUAUGACAUACCGUGAUCCAUUCUCAGAUGUAUACAAAAAGUACAUCUUUACAGCUGAUGGAAAGUACCUUAUCGGUGGAAUGAUGGUCGGUGAUGUAAAAGAUUUCGUCAAAUUGGUUGGAGUCUGCUCGAAACAGAAAUUGAUCGAAAAACCACCAGCAGAAUUCAUCAUCGGAGCCAAAAAAGAAGGUGAAGAAGAAGGUGAUGAUUUGGACGAUGAUGCUCAAAUUUGUUCUUGUCAUAACGUCAAAAAGGGUGAUGUGAUCGCUCAAGUGAAGAAAGGGUGUCAUUCGAUCGGAGAGAUCAAAUCUUGCACUAAAUUGGGAACAGGAUGUGGUGGUUGUAUGCCUUUAGGAACAUCUGUUUUCAACAAAGCAAUGAAAGAUGCCGGACAAGAAGUUUCCAACAACGUUUGUCCACACUUUGACUAUUCUCGUGCGGAUUUGUUCAUGAUUGUCAAAUUCCGUAAAUUGAAAGAUUUCCCUUCAGUCAUGGCAUCUGCAGGUAAUAAGGCAAGCAGUCUUGGGUGCGAUGUCUGUCGUCCCGCCGUUGGAAGUAUUUUGUCAUCGUUGUACAAUGACUGGAUCAUGCAACCUAAAUUACGUCAAACACAAGAUACAAACGAUCGCUUUUUGGCAAAUAUGCAAAGAGAUGGUACAUACUCUGUCGUUCCACGUCUACCUGCCGGUGAAGUCAGUCCAGACAAGUUGCGUGUUCUAGGUGAAGUGGCAACCGAUUUUGGUUUAUAUACCAAAAUCACAGGUGGUCAACGUAUCGAUAUGUUCGGUGCAAAGAAGCAAGAUUUACCUGCCAUUUGGACACGUUUAGUUGACGCUGGAUUUGAAUCAGGUCAUGCAUACGGAAAAGCAUUAAGAACGAUCAAGUCAUGCGUUGGUACAACAUGGUGUCGUUAUGGUGUAGGAGAUUCGGUCAAAUUUGCCGUUGAAUUGGAAAACAGAUAUCGUGGUAUUCGUGCUCCGCACAAAUUCAAGAGUGCAGUUUCAGGCUGUAAUCGUGAUUGUGCUGAAUUUCACAGUAAAGAUUUCGGUGUUUUAGCAACGCCAAAAGGUUGGAAUGUUGUCGUUGGUGGAAAUGGUGGUGCAAAACCAAGACAUGCAUGGCCUUUAGCAGAAAAUGUUACAAAACAUAUGGCAGUCAAAUUGAUCGAUAGAUUUUUGGCAUUAUACAUUCGUUCCGCCGAUAAACUUCAAAGGACCGCAAGAUGGAUUGAAAGCUUGCCCGGUGGUAUCGAAGAACUCAAAUCAAUCAUUGUAGAUGAUAAGCUAGGACUCUGCGAAGAAUUGGAAAAGGACAUGCAAGAAUUAGUCGGAACUUAUCAUUGUGAAUGGGCAAUGGUUGUUCGUGAUCCUGAACGUCAAAAAGCAUUCCGUCAAUUCGUAAACACAGAUGAAACACAGUCUUCGGUUGAAAAAGUUGAAGAACGUGGUCAAUCUCGUCCAGAAUACUGGCCAACAGAUGCUGCUCCACUCAAGUUCAGCGUCUUGGAUGUCGUCCAAACGGCUAAAUGGGAUUGGCGUAUUAUGUGUAAUGCAAGUGACGUUGAACCAAGCGAUGAAGCAACUUCCAGUGCAGUUGUGAAAUACGGUGAUGUUCAAUUGGCCAUUUAUCAUGUUCCUUCCAAAGGAUGGUUUGCUUCUCAACAAAUGUGUCCACAUCGUCGUGCAAACGUCUUGGCUGAUGGUUUGAUCGGUGAAGAUGAAGCAGGAAACCCAUACGUUUCAUGCCCUCUUCACAAACGCCAAUACAACUUAGAUCCAAACGUAGAAAAGAAGGGUGGUUUCUGUCGUUCAGAUGCCGAUUAUCAAAUCAUGACAUUCAAUUGCAAAGAAGAAGAUGGUAAAGUGUUGGUCAAUUUGCCAGAGACGGAAUCUUUGGAUGCAAUCCUUUCUACCUCCAAAUGGAUGAUCCGUAAAGCAAAAGAAGAGUCACACAUUCUUGCAGGUGGUAAACCGGGCGAUAUCUCACCCGAUGCUCCAAACGGUUCCCCUGCCAUGAACAGUGGAGUAGAGAUUGCCGGUAUCAAAGACGAAGUCACAGCAGAGGGCAAAGAAGAAGAGAAUAUCCACCAAGCACAAAUUGCCGCUGGCAAAAUCCAGGCUAAGCAACAGAAAGCUUCUUGUGGUGAUCAAGUGGACGGUGGAAAGCUAGAUUGGUAA